AGCGGAAAUCUUGUUUCAACAAAGCCAGAAGAGGGAAGAGGGAUGGAGUUUUUGACGACCGCGCUGCACUGCUAGCUCGGCCGAUUGUCGCUUGCCCAGGUAGCCAAUAUCUGGUGGAGUUGAACAUGCAGUCUAGCUUUUCUUCGUGAAUUUAACGCGACAAACGAAACGUGUCGCAUUUGGCCUUUCCCGAGUGAUGGCAUCGUAAGCGUUUUUCUGGUCGCGAGCUCCAUACGGAUCUGACCCCAAUAAGAGAUUUUCUCUAUAACCGUCGCCAGCAGUCAACCUCCCGGGUAGCUCCAUAUUUCCCUCGCCUUCACACUACGAUGGAGCCAAUGUUCUCUGGGACAAACAGGACAAUUUUCAUUUAUGCGCUUCUCGGGUGGAUACUCGGUGUCAUCGGCGCAGGAUUAUGGCACUGGCACAGGAUAUAUGUGGUGUGUAUGAUACUGUUUUCCACCGUGAUUUUUCUUUACAUUACGAUAUCGUUCGUUCUUGAACAGCUGAGGUCCAACCGCAGUGUCCAACUGCUUGCCGCCUCGUUAGCCUGCGCGUGGAGUGUAGGUUUGGUUGUUGCAUCGAUCUGCAAAACAAUCGAUGCCGCAGAUAUCUGCGACGUUCAGUGGGUCGGUGAAGACCACUGCACACUGGCUGUGAGCAGCGCUGUUUGCACGUGGUGCAGCUGUUUGGUCUGGCUACUGUGUGGCAUCACCGCAACCAAGAAUUCUAGAGCGUUAUAAAGCAAGAAGCGAAUGCGCAGGCUAAGUGUCAAUCAAACAUGCGAUUUUUAAGUUUUCCAUGGAAUCUAUUUGAAAGAAGAGGCUUGAGAGUACUACCAUGGGUGAUCUAGCUGCCACAUGGGGUUCUCGAUGAUAAAACAGUUCUCCGGAGGUCACUUGACCACAGAGGGGUUGGGACAUAUAUUGGCGCUUUAUCACUACGUAGAUUCUAUCGGGGGAAAGAGACACAUGGGGUCAAAAUGCCUUUUCUUCAUAUAGUGGACGUAUGUUGCCACGAAUACCAGACGUGUCACCCAUCAUUUUGAUGGAAUGCUAAGUACACGCAUUGUGUCUGAUAAGAAAAGUGUCUCAGGAUGCGUUGUUGCGACUGGUGAAGGUCGGCUUUCUUGUAGACUGAACAUACUUUGACAGGAGAAACAAGUUAUCGACUUUUAAUGAAAUAUGUUCAGCUCACAUGGUUGACAACAAAAGUACUUUAUAUAAAGCUCUGCA